AAAUACUGUUCAUCUGGUUGGUUUGGGCUUAGAACAUCCACCGUCCUGCAGGUGUACACAGCUGUCAGUCGGACUCAUUUACAGUGUUGUGAACUAACUGGGAAUCCUAAAGUCCGUUGCUUACCAUGGAAGUGCUGGUGUUGACAUGGAGCCUCCUUAUUCUGCUGUUUAACCCGGCUGCCCCCACCUGCCUGCCCACCGACUUCACUCUGUAUGUGGAGAAACCAGACUGUGAUUUCUGUGUAGCCAUCAACACAACUAUUUGCAUGGGAUUUUGCUACACAAAGGACAGCAACAUAAGAGAUAUAUUCGGGCCACGCUUCCUUGUCCAGAGAGGCUGCAGCUAUGACAAGGUGGAGUACCGCACAGCCCUGCUGCCUGGCUGCAACGCCAAUGCAGACCCUGUCUUUACCUACCCCGUGGCUCUCAGGUGCCACUGUGGUGCCUGCAGGACUGACAGCAAUGAAUGCGCCCACAGAGCCAGCGUGGGCGGAGUUAAGUGCACCAAACCAGUCAGACACCUGCAACCAUACCCGGGUCAGAUUAACUACGUAAUCCCCUUCUGAUGCUUGAGCUUUUGUCUUUCGUUAAGUGGCUAAGCUGAAUCCUGCAGAUUUUCAUGAGAAAAGAUAAAGCAGUAUUGUGUUGAUUGUACUAGAAAAAAUGUUGUUUGUUCCAUUUGUACUGUUAUGACUGCCAGCCUAUUUGGCUGCGCCUUUGUUGCCUGACAUCGGAGCUGCAGCCCUGUGGCUCAGUUUACAACGGGUCUCCAUCCUGGUAUUUUGCCACCCUCUUUGUGUUCUGUUCUGUGUUGUACUCCCAGACUUACUGUGUGCAUUCUGAAAAAGAAAACCCUCAAUGCAACUUGAUUAAACACUGAAGUCUCUGAAUAGC